AUGGAUGGUAUGUCAAUUUGUAAUAUUUGCAUCGAGAAACUUCUGGAUGGGGAAUCAUUUAAACAGCAGGUUAUCGCUUGUGAGACAAUCUUGAAACAACACUACAAUGAUGAAGACGAUUUCAAGCCAGUGAAAGAUGAACUCUCAGAUUUUCCCAACGUUGAAACAAUAAUUAAUGAUGAUUUGGAUGAUAAACCUCUAUCGGCCUACAAGAACUCGGAUAUUGAUUGGAACUACCAAGAUACCGAACGUGCUCGAGAAUUCAGAGCUAGAAAAGCACUGAUUAAACAACAAAAUAAGCAACAAGAUGACAAACAAGUGACUAGACGAUCUCAAAUUAGUAUAACUGAAAAAAGAGCAAACUCUGCGGAAGCAACAAGGCGUUGGAGGGAGAAGAAAAGAGGGUUUAGAACAAAAAAACAGGCGAAAACCGCUGCUGAACGAAUGAAAGAAUACCGUGAGAAAAAGAAACUGUAA